AAAAUCUUGCCCAAUCGAUGGCAUGUUCCAUGUUUGCCCAUCAUCGUCAUGUUUGCUUUCGCGUCCUUCUCCGAAAGCAUACACCACCACCAGCACCACGCACACUCUCAGCCCGCUGCUUUCCCCUCCCAUUCCACUGGCGACGGUACGUACAGGAAUAGGCUACGAAAAAAGAAAGCACCACCACCGAUUCAGGAAUUCCAUUCAUCGGCCCUACGUUGCGUAUCAUCUGGCAAAGAGUGGCGGAGUUUUGCAGCCAAUUUUGUCAGGUGCGUUGCUAGGAUCAGCAACGAUCGCAGCGAGAUAGCGCUCGGCGGAUGAGCAAAUCGAUCGAUCCUCGCAAACGAUGUAAACAAAAGUGAUGAGGUGUCCAUCAUUAGUGGUGAUCGGUUUGAAGUAAAAGAAAGUGAUCGAGAGAGCGCAGCGGAGAAGAAAGUAUAAUACCCCUUGCAACCCCGUUUGGCGUUCGGCUUAUCGCGGUCAUGGCGUUUUUAUCAACCGUCCUGCUGGUCGCUGGCUGCUUGCUGUUGCUGCGGUUAGUACAGCUGCUUGUUUCGGUUCGCCGUGGCCAAAGUGGUGCGGUCGUGCCGCCACGUUCCACACCGGCCCGCACCAUGGUGGUGAUGGGUUCCGGUGGACAUACGGCCGAAAUGUUGCGCAUAGUCGAGCGGCUGGAUGGCGAACGGUACGCUCCCCGCCAGUACGUGAUCGCCAGCACGGACAAAAACAGCGUUGUGAAAGUGCUCGAGAGCGAAAUCCAUCGGCAGCCGGAUCCGGAAAAGCAAACGUACGAAAUCAUUACGAUUCCCCGCAGCCGGGCUGUACACCAGAGCUACGUCAGCUCCAUCGCAACGACCGUGCUGGCGUUGAUCAACUGCGUACCGCUCGUGCUGAAGGCUCGGCCGGAACUAAUCCUCACCAACGGUCCCGGAACGUGCGUGCCCGUGUGCUUGGUCGCCUUCCUGGCCCGGCUGCUCUUCAUCAACACCAAAUGUAGAAUAGUGUUCAUCGAAAGCUUCUGUCGCGUGCGCAGCCUUUCCCUGAGCGGUCGCAUACUGCUCUACAUCGUGGACAUGUUCGUGGUCCAGUGGCCGGAGCUGCUCGAGAAGACGGCCCCAACGCGGCCAGAUGUUCGCUGCUUUGGACGAUUAUGAGCGUUGGAACGUAUCACUGCUUGAGCACAACACAUUAUCUUUAUUUAACUGAUCAAAGAAAGGGUACCUAUGAAUGCAAUACAAUAAUUGACCGAA